AUGAGAAGCUUUGGGAAUUUGGGGCAAUGGCCUCUACUUGCAUUUGCUUUGGCAAUUUGCUUUAUAGCUAGAAGUGUUAUUGCUGAUUACUCUUAUGAAUAUACUUCUCAUUUACCAUCUUACAACGCUAAGAAAGAUUACAAAUCACCAUCUCCAUACUACAAGAAACCAGAAAAACAUAUUGAACAUUCUCCAUCGCAUUACUAUUAUAAGUCACAUGCUCCUUCUAAGCACUACUACAAGUCACCUAUUGUAGGGAAAUAUUACAAGUCACAUGCUCCUUUAAAACACUAUUAUAAGACACCUAUUGUAGCAAAGUAUUACAAGUCACAUGCUCCUUCAAAGAAGUACCACAAGGCACCGGUGGUAGUGAAGUACUACAAGUCACCAGCUCCUUCAAAGAAGUACUAUAAGGUACCUGCCCCUUCAAAGAACUACUACAAGUCGCCAUCUCCUUCAAAGUACUACUACAAGUCACCAUCACCUGCAAAGUACUAUAAAUUGCCAUCGCCUGCAAAUUACUACAAGUCGCCUACUCCAUCGACGCACUAUUACUACAAGUCACCUACUCCUUCUAAAUACUAUAAGUCACCGUCACCACCAAAAUAUUACAAGUCACCAGUUUACUACAAGUCUCCUCCACCACCACCAACUUACUACGAGAAAUCACCUUCUUACUACAAGUCCCCUCCCCCUCCACCGUACUACAAAGAAUCUACCCCUUCUUAUAAAUCUCCUCCCCCUCCAACAUACUACAAAGAAUCUAUGCCUUCCUAUAAAUCACCUCCACCUCCCCCGUACUAUAAAGAAUCUACCCCUUCCUAUAAAUCCCCUCCCCCUCCCCCAUACUACAAAGAAUCUACACCUUCCUAUAAAUCACCUCCACCUCCACCAUACUACAAAGAAUCUACCCCUUUCUAUAAAUCACCUCCACCUCCACCAUACUACAAAAAAUCUACCCCUUCCUAUAAAUCACCUCCACCUCCACCAUACUACAAAGAAUCUACAACUUCCUAUAAAUCCCCUCCACCUCCACCAUACUACAAAGAAACUACAACUUCCUAUAAAUCCCCUCCACCUCCACCAGAAUACAACGAACAAUCACCUACAACUUACAACUCACCACCUCCACCGAAAUCCUAUGAACAACCACCGUCAUACUCACCUCCACCACCAGCAGCCUACUAGAAAGAUAUAUUGAUCAAACCAUUCACUUCAACCAUUUAUUUCUCUUAAAUCAUUUCCUUCCUCCUAAUUGGAGC